GGACCCGGCUGCCUCCUUCGGCCCCCUCCCCAUCUCUCCGCUCUGUGCGUCACAGGCGUAGCCAGGAUUUUGACCCACGAGGCUGGCGUGACGGACAUUGUUGUGCUGCAGGCUGCUCUCCUGCACGACACGGUGGAGGACACGGACACCACGUUCUCUGAGAUCGAAGAGUGGUUUGGGGAAGAGGUGAGGCGUGUAGUGGAGGAGGUGACCGAUGAUAAGACGCUGCCAAAGAUGGAGCGGAAGCGCCUGCAGAUAGAGCACGCGCCCAACUGCAGCCCGAGGGCCAAGCUGGUGAAGUUGGCAGACAAGCUGCACAAC